AUGGAUAAGUGCUGCUAUGAGUGUACCCUGCCGAUAAAAAAUCUAAAUCUAAUAAAAUGCUAUUUGUGCGAUAGCGUUGCACACAUGAAAUGCUUCGGUUGGGUUCCUGCGAAUCUUGAUUUCAUUAACAGUCAAUCAAACUUAUUAUGGUUUUGUGCUGAUUGCCUGAAAUCGGUUGAACUACUGAAACACCAAACAUCGCCUGACUUAAGUAAUGCUGUGGUUUCCUCUGUGUCAAAUGUUAUCAGCAGCUGCAUGAAUGACAUCAAGGAUGAGCUUGCUCAAACUAAUGCUUUUAUAAAAUCUGUAUCUGAUAAACUGACGUCCGCUGCAACGCCCGUGAUUUCAACUAGCAAUCGCACAAAUAAACGUCCGAGAAUUUCCUCUCCAGACGCUACACCGAAACAAUCGAUAAUUAAUAAAAAAUUGUUUGGCGGCACUCGCUCAGCUGAUAAUGCUUCUGUUGCUGUUGAAAAGGCUCCAAAGCCAGCAGAAAAAUUCUGGAUAUACCUCUCGCGCAUUGCCCCGUUCGUCACCGAGACAGAAAUAGCUACACUUGUUGACACGUGCAUGCCGGGCGCUCAACCGAUUGUUAAAAAACUCAUUAAAAAAUAUGCUGAUUUGAAGUCGUAUGGGUUCGUGUCAUUCAAAGUCGGCGUUGAUUUGAAUUUGAAGGAGCUUUCACUGAACCCGUCUACAUGGCCAACAGGAGUUUAUUUUCGUGCUUUCGAGGAGCGCAGUAGUGGGUCCCGGGAUUUUUGGCUUCCCAGUGCAACCGAACUUGCACGAAUCGAUCGAUCUACACCUGCUCAGUCAUCUGUAGCCCCACGUCAGCCAGUUUAA